AUCUGUGGAAAUGAUGAAUCUCUUGCUGAAGAUUUUAUGUUUUUUUCUUUGGAACAAAGAAACUGUUUGGGUCUGCAUAUAACUGGCCAGCCUCUGACUGAAGAUGAUUGUGGUGUGUGUGGUAGAGAUGGUUCUACUUGUUAUGAUUGUGGUGGAAAAUAUAAAGGAAAUUCUUUUCAAGACUGUGGUGUAUGUACAUCAGAGAGGCCAGAGAAAGUGGAGAUAAGCUGUACUGCUCUUUAUGAUGAACGAGAAGAAAAUAUAGCUUUCAAUGAUAGACAUUUAUGUGCUCAGAAAGAAUUUCCAGAAGAUCCAGUUAAUGAAACAGAUGAUAAAGGAGCAUACAUUAAUAUGUUGUCCUUUGUUUUUCUGGAAAAUAGCUGCAAUUCCUGUGUCGAAGGCAAAAUGGGAAAAAUACCAAGUUAUGGUUUAAACAAAUGUGAUGUGUGUGACAGUGAUAAUGCUUGCAUUGGCUGUGAUGGUAUUCUCAAUAGUGGACGAAAAAUUAAUGCUUGUGGAAAAUGUCUACUACCAAGUGAUUCAAAAUCUAACAUGUCAAAGGCUCAACUAGUAAGUUUCAAGCUUAAUGGAGACUUCACAAUUCUAGUCGGUAAAAGAAAAGAUAAAUUCCUUGAAAAGAUGAAGGAACAAAUAGCUAAAAUUUUAGAUAUUAAACCAUCGGCUAUUUGUAACUUGGAUGCACGUUCUGGGCCGGAUUUAGAUGAAGAGAGGCCCCAGGCUAUUCCACUUGUGAGGCCCCUCCAACCCCCCUCACGACUAGAGGAAGAUGGAAGAGUUUUUUAA